GCUCUUCUGUGCACGAGAACCCCUAGACUCCUCGGCGUUUCUAACCUCACCACCCUCGCACACCCUCGUUCAUGUUCGCGUGACGCGUGUGUUCCGUGCGCGCUGCGUUAUAUCGUUCCCUCCUCGUUCCCCGGCGCAGUCCGCGCGUUAUCCUUGUUCCGGAAGGUUCGUUGCAACCAGGUGCAACCGGAGGAUAGUGUGGGCCGACGGGGUGCGAGAGAGAAAGAGAAAGAGAGAGAGAGAGAGAGAGAGAGAGAGAAAUAGAGAGACAGAGGGAGGGGGGAGAAGCCAGCUGGCUCUCCAGGCUGCUCGCGGGAGUCCUCGAGGGUGGAAACGGUUCGAACUUUGCUGUAUCUUUCGUCUAAUGCAGUGGCCUCUCCUGCCCGGCGAACUUUAUGAAAACUUCGAUAGCCGACAUCGAGGCGGUGCCAAGGUCACGAGGGAGGAGCUGAGGUCAUCCCGGCAUCUAUGUUGUGCGGCGAACUCCUGAACGGUGGCUUCGUCAGUGCCGGCGCGGUACCGGUGGUUCCGUACGGUCUCCCAGGACUCUGGUUACCCGGUUGCCUGCGUGCUACCAGUCCCCGCCUGUUGACCUCGCCUUACCUGACCCUGCUGGCCGAGCUUCUGGCCGCGGGCCGCCUCGAGCUGCGAGACGAUCUCCUGGAGCUGAUGGACCUGGCAAAGAGGAGCCAUCAGGCUCCCGGCAACAACGGAGCGCCCGAGCUCGACCUCGAUCUACACGCCGACGACAUCGACGAGAAUGUCUUCUUGGAAAACGGCCUCCUCUCCUUCGAGAACCCCAACUACCAUCUGGAUCCAGCCCGGCUGGACGAUGCUCUGAACAGCAACGAGAAUGACGGCUCUCUGUACGACGAACUGUACCAGCAAUUGGUCGGCAGCGGCGGCAGAGGCGGCGAGGUGACCGGCGGCGGGGGAGGGGACGGUGGAACGAGGGUGCAGGCACGCAGAACGUACGCCACGUUGGAUCUGGGCAGCAUGGGGGUGGACGUUACCCAGGGCCCUCUCACGCAGGAUUCCGUGACGGACGACGCUUCCGACAACACGGACAACCAUAACCUAGGGUACGGCUGCGAGGGUGUGGCGGAGUCCGCUCUCGUCGACGACACCCUCAACGGGAAUCCCCGAUCGUCGUCCUCCUCGUCGUCGAGCGCGAUCCUGCCUCGAUCUCAGCCCCUUCAGUCGGAAUCCGCGGCAUCGAUCGACGCUGCGGGCGUCUCCGGGUCGAGAAAUUAUUGCGAGAAACCCGACAACGAGACCGCAGAGAUGGGCGGCGUGCCGCACGUGGAGGGUGGCCUGAACAGCGAGCUGUACGCGGUGCCGGUGAAACGGCGACAGCCGAAGGACCAGAAGAACAAUGCGAUUCUGCAGAACAAUACCCAGGAGAAACCGUCGGACGUGGACGGCACCGAUUCCGAGGACAAAGAUGAGAAUCUGCCGCCCGGCUGGCAGAAGCACGAGGACGAGAACGGGCCAUAUUACUGGCACGUGAAGAGCGGUAACAUACAGAGAGAACCGCCGGAGGCGCCGCUGCACUCGAAAACGGAGGCGCGUCGGAGCCUGGUCAAGGAUAACGAUAGCAUAAACAAUUUUCACACCUUGAGCGGCAUGGUGAACACGGUGACUCGCAGCAACACGAGCUCGGCGCUGGACCAGGAGUUGGAGAACAAGAGGAAGGUGGAAUUGGCGCUGAAACGAAGAAGCUAUCCCGCCAGAGCGGACUCCGAGGGCAGGGACAAGCCGAUCAGAUUCGCCGUGCGGUCCCUGGGCUGGACGGAGAUCGCGGAGGAGGACCUGACGCCCGAGAGAAGCAGCAAGGCCGUCAACAAGUGCAUCGUGGAUCUCUCGCUCGGCAGAAACGACCUCCUGGACGUCGUCGGUCGGUGGGGCGACGGCAAGGAUCUAUUUAUGGACUUGGACGAGGGCGCGCUUAAGCUGAUCGAUCCGGAGAAUCUCACCGUACUGAACACACAACCUAUUCAUACGGUUAGGGUAUGGGGCGUAGGAAGAGAUCACUGUCGCGAAAGGGACUUCGCUUACGUAGCCAGAGAUCGAUCGACCAGGAAACACAUGUGCCACGUGUUCCGUUGCGACAUACCGGCGCGUACGAUCGCGAACACGCUUCGCGACAUUUGUAAGAAGAUCAUGAUCGAGCGGUCCCAGCAUCAGAAUCUCGCGAAACCGGUGGACAUCAACGGACGGACGAGUCUAGCCACGAGGCCCACGAAUCUGCCAACCGAACAUCGGCGUUUUCACAGAAACGGCCAAGCACUAGUCACGCAAUCCUUUCCAACACCGAUGGAGGAGCCGAAGAAAGUACUGCGAGCGCAGUACCUCGGAUCCAUGCAAGUCACUCAAGCAACCGGCAUGGAGGUCUUGAACGAGGCGAUAGAACAUAUCGUGGCAAACACGCCGAUCAAUCAAUGGCGAAACGUCAAUGUCGCCGUCGCUCCUAGCAUGAUUUCCAUUCUUACACCGAAUGACGACAAGCUCAUCACCGAGUGUCGAGUACGCUACUUGUCAUUCCUCGGUAUCGGCCGCAACGUGAAGCAAUGCGCCUUCAUCAUGCACACCGCGCAGGACCUGUUCAUCGCACACGUCUUCAACUGCGAGCCCAGCAGCGGGGCGCUCUGCAAGACGAUCGAAGCCGCUUGCAAGCUGAGGUACCAGAAAUGCUUGGACGCACAUCCGCAGGGCUUCAGAAACGCCAGCAGCCUCAACACUCCGAGCGGCAGAGGGUUAGGUGCGACCCUCAAGUCUCUAGUUGGAUCCUUGACUGGUCGCAGGAACAAGCAGGGCGAAUCCUGAGACGAGGCUCUCUCGCUGCAGAUCAGUCCCCCGACUGUCCGCUAGGAACUCUGGCCACUGCCUGCUGAGCGAGAGGUGAUCCGACACAGGCAUCUGCAGUCGCCGCUGACUCUCAAGUACUUCGGCGGCUCGCCGCCAAGCGCGUCCCUCAAGUCGCUGCUCUCACCCUCCCUCGACACCAGGCGUAUUCAGCUCGCCCGCUGGGAGAGCAACCCCUAGGAGGCACGGACAGUGUCGGGGGCGCCGAGAUGCGGAGUGCCGGGAGGCAUCGUAGGAAUACGAAACGGAUACUACUCUUUACGACUCGUAACGACUGAAAAUUUCGCGAAAAUUCCGCAGAGUGCUAUACCAUACCACAGCUAUAGUGGACUACGCUUACCUAUGUCGAUAUGAUGUUAUGUAUGUUAAACCGCAGUGUCCGACGAGAGGGUGGAGAGAGACGUCGCGGCCGUCCGCCGCGUCGAGGGGGAAGUUAUUAGAGGGCGAUAUCGGCGGAGAGGACGCAUUUGAGAGAGAGAGAUCCUGUCGCGUGAUCCUCAGGAGGCAGCUUGUAUCGAGUCUGGGGAACGUCGGGGACGAGGAGAGGAGG